AGACGAAUUGGGGAAAUAACGUAGGUGUAAUUUUUUGAGUGAAAUCCUUAGUAUUUACUCUAAUAUAGUAAUGAAAAUCGAUGUGUAGAUUAUUUUGAGUUUAUUUUUUUAGCUGAUAUAUAAUAUAACGGAACAUUUAAUCCAGAAACUAAGUAAAAUUUAACAUCAUCAGGGCUGUUUUCUGGAUUUCUUUGUAAAAUUCUUUUGUUUUUGUUUCUUUGUUAGUAAAAUCGACAUUAUGGUAUUUAAUCCUGACUUCUGAAAAUUAACUUUUAUGUUCAUAUAUUUAAAAUGUAAAAUUAUUUUAUAGGAAUAUAAAUAAGUGAAUUAAUUGUAUUGAAUAUUUAAAAUGGAAGACAGUCAUACCAGUACAGAUUCUCACAAAGACAUUUUAACAGAUAGUGCUGAUAACGGAUCAGGCUCUUCAGAUACAAAUAAAUUUGAUUUAAAAGGUUUCACAGAAGCCUUAUCUGAUGAUAAAAUAAACGCUUCAUCUGCAAAAACUGAAAUCGAAGAUGAAGAUGAUGAUGAAGAAUAUAGUGAUGCUAAGGAUAUAUCUGAAGCUGAUGAAGUGCUUGAACUUGAUGAAGAAGCUAUGACUGAAUGUCAUAAAGACCUGUCGGAUGAUAAACUUGAGAAAUUAAAAGAAGAAGCUGUGAUUUUGAAAAAUAAUGGUAAUGAAUGUUUUAAGAAAUCAGAUUAUGAAGAAGCAAUCAAAUUGUACACAACAGCUUUGAACACAUGCCCUCUUAAAUAUCAGUCAGAGCGUUCCAUUUUGUAUGCUAACCGAGCUGCUGCUAAAAUAAACUUAGAAAAAAAUGAAGAGGCUAUUUUAGAUUGCAAUAAAGCUCUUGAACUAAAUCCCAGUUAUUUAAAAGCACUUCUACGGCGGGCAUCACUCUAUCGUAAGAUGGACAAGUUGGAUAAUAGUCUUGAAGAUUAUCAGAAAGUUUUGGAACUUGAUCGUAAUAAUGUGGAAGCAAGGCAAGCAUGUGCAGUUUUACCUGCAGAAAUAGCUGAAAGGAAUGAAAAGUUAAAAAAUGAAAUGUUUGGUAAAUUAAAAGAUCUUGGAAAUAUUUGCUUAAGGCCAUUUGGACUUUCAACUGACAAUUUCAAGGUUGUGAAAGAUCCAAAUUCUGGUGGUUAUAGUAUCAACUUCCAAAAUAAUGGUACUUGAGAUUCAAAAAUUAUUUGUAUGAUACAGUGUUUUUAAUGGUAUAAAAGAAAAAUGCAGGUUGAUUAUUACUGCUGAAAUUCACAUUUUUUUGUUCAUUCUGAUAAUAUUAAAAAUUGUGAAAAUAUUAAUUACCAGUAGUAUAUGUUUAAUAUUGCUUUGAACAGUUACAUAAUUUUUAUUUUUAUUUAUUUGUACAUUCCAUUAGUCCUUUUCUUCUUGGAAGUUUCACUACAGUUCUGAAAAUGUUAAUGUAUUAAUUUCUGAAAUGUGUUAUUUUUGUGAGUAAUAUGAAAUAAAUAGUUCAAAAUGGUG